AUGGCGCUUGAUUCAACAACAAAGCUCUCAAUUGCGGAAUUGGCGAUUUACAUCGUUCUCCUCCCUCUCACUGCUUGGCUGCUUUACAAGCAUGGUCGGCGUGCUCUUGCAACUUUUUUCUUCCUUUUUGCCUUCGAUAUCCUCCGCAUUGUGGCCGCAGGCAUUCAAAUCAGCAAUCACAAUAACACUCACCCAUCCACAUCAGGGGCGAUCGUUUCCUCCAUUGGCCUUAGCCCUUUGCUGCUUGCCUGUGCUGGUUUGCUGGCAUUGUUAAGAGGCUACUACGCGACGUCAAAUAGAAGUCAAUUUGCAACACUGAUUGAAGAGGCGGCCAUUCAUGUUGGCGCGAUUACUGGCAUUGCGCUACUUGCAACCGGCGGAACGAAGCUCGGAGAUGACAACGACACUCAAUCAGACAUCAACACGGGCUAUACACUGCUCGAAGCUGGAGCUGUCAUCCUCCUGGUCACCUGGAUUGCGGUCUCUUUCCUCUGCGGUCAAAUCUGUCUCAAGCUUCAGAACCAGCGAAGCGCAGGGUUCGUGAUGGUUUUGGCAUGCACCUUCAUCGGUGUAAGAGCCAUUUACAGCGUGGUAUAUGCUUUCGACCAUGCCAAGUCGCUUAGCCCCUUCACGGGAACUUUUGCUGUCAAGUUCGUGUUCAUGUUCUUGGUACAGCUGAUUGCAUUUCUGUUACUGCUUGCUGUUGCGUUUGUGACUCGCAAUAUCCUGAGCGAUCAUGGGUUGAGUGCAUGGGCCCAGGAACGGAGAACGGGGAACCGGGGCGGGCGCAGUCGUGACACAUCUGUUCCGCUUACAUCACGAUCCUCCAAAUAA